CAAACCCAAAACUAAAACUGCACCGGUCACAUCACACACGAAACGCGUUAGCACACUUAUUCGGUAUUUUAGCAUUUAGCGUUAACCACAAUGGCGAAUACAUCAAGUACCGGCGUUGUGGUGCCACGAAAUUUCCGCUUACUGGAGGAGCUGGAUCAGGGCCAGAAGGGCGUGGGCGAUGGCACCAUAUCGUGGGGAUUGGAGAACGACGACGACAUGACGCUCACCUACUGGAUCGGCAUGAUCAUCGGUCCGCCUAGAACACCAUUCGAGAAUCGAAUGUAUUCGCUAAAGAUCGAGUGCGGCGAACGCUAUCCGGAUGAGCCACCAACGCUCAGGUUUAUAACUAAAGUAAACAUAAACUGCAUUAAUCAGAACAAUGGCGUGGUUGAUCAUAGAUCAGUUCAGAUGUUGGCCAGGUGGAGUCGCGAGUACAAUAUAAAAACGAUGCUGCAGGAAAUCCGUAGGAUUAUGACCAUGAAAGAGAACCUGAAGCUGGCACAGCCGCCAGAAGGAAGCUGUUUUUAGUCGACAACAUCCGUUAGCAACACCAGCAGCAGCUGCAUCAGCAUCGUUUGCAACUUGAGCGGGAGCAGCAUCCACACCCAAUAAAAGCAGGAAAACCCCAUCAGUCCAAAAGUCCAAGACCAAGGUCGCCACGUUCGUGGAAUGAAGAGAUUGUGUGGCGGCUGCUCCUCCGAGUUGCUUUCGGCAACGUGCGGCAGCGAAUGAUUAUUAAUGAACGUAAUAAAGAUCGAGUGCGGUUAUUGUGGCAAGAACAACAACCAAAUGCAAGCUAUACUAUAAGUAAAGGGAACAGCAGCGAAAAAUGCGAUAGGAGCGUCACUAUGAAAAGAUCGUCGUCGUCCCUUCCGUCAUGAACUAUGUCAUCGUGUUUGGUUACUUUACUUCUACUUCAGUCCCAACAAAACAGAAACAAA